AAGUACCCACUGACGUGUUUCAUAUUUUGAUUUAGUUUUAACAUGUGGCAUUUUCAUAGAAACAUUUUGUUGUAUUUGUGCUUUUAUGUAUUGCAUUUUACGACACAGAAUGAACAGUGUGAUGGAGAUUCAUGUUCAUCAGACGUUACGACUGACAAAAAUGAUGGCGGUUGGUACACAGAUUUUAGGGAGCAGGUUGCCAAGCCUGGACCUUGCAAUGUUGAAAGAGUUGAAGCUGCAACUUUGACACAAGAAGAUUUUAUUAAAAAAUAUGCUUACACUGCCCCCGUGGUUAUAUCUGGAAUUAAAUAUAAUGAGGAAUUUAGAAAAAUGUGCAGUAAGCAAAAUAUGUUGAGAGAAUUUGGCAGCAAAACUAUACGUCUUAGCUCUGCCAAUACUUAUUCCUAUAAAAAAGUUGAUGUCACACUACGGGAAUACGUAGAAAAUAUAUUAAAGCCACAAAGCUUGUACACAUUAGGAAAUGAGACACUAUACUGGUUUGGUGAUAACAACUACACAGAGUGGAGUGAUCUGUUUGAGCAGUAUAACCAGCCACAGUGGAAACUACCAAAGACUGAAGGAGUGCUCAGCUUUGGGCUAGCAGGUGCCGGUACAGGUGUACCUUUCCAUUUUCAUGGGCCAGGGUUUGGAGAAGUCAUUUAUGGGAGAAAGCGCUGGUUUCUAACUCCUCCUGAGCAAAAGCCAUCAUUUGACCCAGACCAGACCACUCUUCACUGGUUAGUGAACAAUUACCCACAUCUAAGUGAAAAUGAAAAACCUCUUGAGUGCACAAUUGGACCAGGAGAUCUCAUAUACUUUCCAGACAGGUGGUGGCAUGGCACAUUAAAUAUUGAUACCAGUGUUUUUAUUUCUACAUUUCUUGGGCCAAUGUAGUUAACUUGAAAUACCUAACAUUCUCUCCAAGUAAGAACAUUAUUGAAAACAUCGUAUGGCUGAUAAUCAGCUAUGGCUCAAUUUCAAGGGUGCCAAGCCUGCUGUAACAAGAGAAAUAAAAUUUUCUGACAAGGAAUAACUCUUUUUAGCAAAGUAAAUCAAUAUUCCAAGAAUAUUUUUAACUAUAAAUUGUUACAUAAAUAAAUACCUUGCAAUGGUUUUGCUUCUGUCAGUAUUCACAUGUCAUGUUUUGCUUCUGUCAACGUUCACAUGUCAUGUUUAUCAUUUUAUUUGUGAAUGUUAGUUAUAAACUUUUGGUAUUAAUUUAUUUUUACCAUAGUGCAACUUUUAAAAGGAAAGCCUUUUUAUUAAAAAUAUUUUAUUGGACUUUUGCAUUUAUUGUGAUUGUGAAAAAAUAAACCUUACGUAUA